GUGACCUUUUUUCGCGUAUACUUGACCGGCUUCCGUUUGUCCGCGUAUCACCGCCGUUCGCACACGCCGAAAACGACGACGCCAAAUGUCGCAGAGACGGAGCGAGUGAAACAGAGAGAUAAUAAAAGAUGUACGACGGUGGUCGGGAAAAAGCGAUGCGUAUCGCCGUCGGAACGUUUCCCGUCAAGUCCUAUACGGUUUGAGGUUAACCGUGUCAUGGUGAAAAGAUGCGCCGCCACCACCGCCGCUGGUGGCGUGUGCCGACGGUGACGACGACGGUGGCGUUGUCGGUGGCAGCAGCGGCGGCGGCGUUGGAGGUGACGGUGUGCAGGUCGGUGGUGUCGGCGGCGGUGGGUUUUUAUUGAUUGUCGGCGGCGGCGGGUUCGGCGUCGUCGUUCGCGCGCGUUGUGCGCACGCACCAGCGCCGAGCACGCGCUCGCGCCCGCGCAAUUAUACGCGCGCGCACGCACAAACGCACCGGACGAGCAGCAGCCAGCACAAGCACCAGCAGCCAGCACAAGCACCAGCACCAGCAGAUCGCCGCCGGACGCCGCCGACGCCGCCGUCGCUGCCGCAGCCGCCGCCGCCGCCGCUGCCGUCGCCCCCCCUCGAAACUUACACACACACACACACACACACACACCACACAUACACUCAUACAUAUACACACACAUAUACACACACACAAUUUACACACAACGGUAAAGAUAUUUUAUAUUAUUAAAUUUGAUAAAAUAAAAUAUAUUAUAUAAAAAUAAUUAUUUAAAAUAAAACAAAUUCGCACCACACAUACAAAAUACUAUAUGACCAAUGCUGCAGUAUUUUUCGUACGAGUAAUUUUUGUUAACAAAAUUUUUGAAAAAAAAAAAUGAUAUAAUUUUAAAAAAAUGUGCGCGGUUUCACCAAAACAAUAUAUUAUUAUUAUCAUAAUAUAUUAAAAUAAUAAUCGUAUAUACAAAAAUAUUAUUAUUGUUCUCGUUGUUAUAUCAUCACCAUCAUUAUCUCUGUUAUUACUAUUGAAUCACCAUUAUUAUAAUAAUAUAAUUUUCAUCGUAAGUUUCGCAUCGUAUCGUAUACAACGGGUCUUACGCGUCGUCUCUGUCGUUGUCGUCGUCGUCGUCGUCGUCGAGAUCCUCCCCCGGUUUUCCCACGUCUCCUCGGACCUGCUGCAGUGCGAGCCCUGCUGUGCGCCGCACACGCGGGCGAAAUCGACAGUGCAGAACACCCGGCACACACCUCGCUCACUCCGACCGACGGACACGCCGUGACAUGGCUCUUCUGCUUGGCGACCACUGCGGUAGACAGCAGAUAUCGACGUUGGUGGCGCACCGGGAACGACCGUUCUGCACGGAGAGGACAGCCAGGGCGAUAGCCAGGGUCGGCCAGGGGGUGAACUUGGCCAUCGAGCGGUUUGUGACCGUCGGCGAGACCAUUGCGGACGACAAUCCCGAGAUAAAGGCCGACAUGUACCUGGAGUGCAAGGAGGCCAGGGCGGCAGGUGCUUCCAUCGAAAAACUAUGCGAAGCCGUGUUUGAAGAUUCAAUCAAUGAUCGAGCAUCUGUGAUAAGAGCUGCCCGAUGCUUGCUGAGUUCAGUGACUAGAGUGUUAUUAUUAGCCGAUGUAGUCGUCGUUAAACAAUUAAUUUCAGUCAAAGACAAGGUGUCGCGAAGUCUAGGCCGGUUAGAAGGCGUCAACAACUUCACGGAGUUUGUCAAGGCAUUCAGUCACUUUGGCACCGAAAUGGUGGAGCUGGCUCACCUGACGGGUGAACGGCAAAACGACCUGAAAGACGAACGGCGGCGAUCUCAGAUUGCCGCGGCUCGGCAGGUACUAGAACGAUCCACCAUGCUGCUGUUGACUUCGUCCAAGGCGUGUCUGAGGCACCCGGACAGCUCGGAGGCCAGCCAAAACCGGGACACGGUGUUUUGCCAGAUGCGCAGGGCCAUGGACCUGAUCCAUUACGUGGUCAAAGACGGCGUGAAGGAGGGUGGCGGCGAGUCCAUGGCCCUGACACCGUACAUAUCGGAACAAGACGGUGGCGACACACUUGGCCACGCGCUCAACGUCCUGGACUCGUUUGUCGACAUGACGAGGCUGACACUCGUGCUGAGCGAGAAGGAAACGCUAUUGCGCACCAUGGACGUGAUCAUGGAACGCACGCAAGACUUCACGGACAGCGCGUACACCAGGCACGAGCAUCGGGAAAAUAUAUUGACCUUGUGCGAUCGCGUCAAGACGCAUCUCGAUCAGUUGAUCAGAGCCGGAGCCAGACUGGAACAGUGUGACGAAUACUCACCUACGAAAUCGCUGGAAGUCGCCGUAAACCAGUGCCUCGACGCCACCAAAGAACUCAGACUGCAGCUGAUAGCGACGUGUAAAGAACAAUCCCAUGACUUACCUUUAAUAAUUAGGACCGGGUAUGAUCUCGUAACGUGCAUACAGACCACGUCUUCCGACGGAGAUGUUGAUAGUCUCAACAAGUACGGCGAUCAAUUCGUAGAAGUCGUAGACCAAAUCGGAGAAAUUUGUAAAGUACUCAGGCACAUUGCGACUGCAGAAUCUCUUCAGGUUUCUGCAAAACAUGCCGAAGUUAAUUUACGAGUGUACGCACCACAAAUUGUUACUGCUGCUCAAGCAUUAGCUCACUAUCCUUGUUCAAAAAUCAUAAAAGAAAAUUUAGAAGUAUUUGCGGACAUGUGGCAAGCUUUAACUCAAGAUGUGUCUACGGUGUGUAAAGAAAUUAUGGAAAAACAAAUACCGGAAAAACAAACAUACAUGUCACUCCCCAGGCCAGGCAAACAUGGGACGACGACGAAACCGCUGAAGUCGGUGAGACUAGAUUUAUCGGAACAAGAUCAAAUCGCUAAGGCUGGUCUGGAAAUGAAAUUGGCGUCGAGUGAAGUAGACGCGGAAGCGGACCGGUGGGGUGCCGGCGAAGAUGACGACGCAGCCAACGAAGAAGGCGCCAGCGUGGAUGAACGGGGAAAUGCGACGAAAGCACACGAAGACAACGACAUUGUGCGCAGGGCGAAAAACAUGUCGGGUAUGGCGUUGAGUAUGUACGAGUUCACCAAGGGUGACGGCGGUUCGUCGCUGAGGACCACUCAAGAUCUGUUCACGCAGGCGGAAUACUUGGCUGAGGAAGCUAAUAGGCUGUACAAAUUGGUCAGACAAUUUUCGUAUCAGGUUCCUAUGGGUGCAAACAAAAAAGAACUUUUAGAACAGUUGGAUCAAGUUCCAACAUACGUACAACAGUUGCAAUUCACCGUAAAAAUGCCUACAGUUGGUAAAUCUGCUACGUUUUCAAAGGUUGACAGUGUGAUUAACGAAACCAAAACAUUAAUGAAUGUUAUAUCAAAAGUAGUCACGACCUGUUUCGUAUGUGCUACUAAAUACAACUUGGACUUCCAAGGUCUGUCGACCAGAAGCGGGGGCUUCGGCGACCGUGGUGAAGACGGUAGUGGUGCUGGUUCCGGAGGAGAAGGUGGCAAACUGAGUGGAGGAUCAGGCUCGGAUGGAUCCAUGUGACAGUUUGGGAUGGGGCGGAGGAGCAAAGGGGAUGGCCGCCGCACCCGCGUGUCGUUCCUGCUCUUCUGAGCCCGUGCAGCUACACUCGUAGCCAGCACGAAACCCACUAACUAUUUACAUGGCUUCCAAAUCCCUGCAUACAACCAAUACUACUGGAAAUUCACUUCCGGUAUUUGGAUUACUAAAGUUACCGGAUAAGUUUCGCUCAACAAAUAAAAGUAGCAUAAAAUAUAUUUACAUUGUAUUUGUCUAUAAUAAUGUUUAUUCGCCAUCGCCGCAUCAGGAGAGAAUGGCUAUUACAAUAUUAUAUCCGUGAUACGAUCGAUUUAACUCAAUCGCGCCCUAGACGAAUAGUUUCUGUUAACGUUCGAUUCGCAUCGAUUUACCGUGUUAUUUGUAUUAUUAAUUUUUAAUAUGUUUUAUCAACGGCGAUUCACCAAAGUUUAACAAUCAUUCGAUUACAGUUUUUCCGAGUUCGGGUGUGUUUUAAUAAUGUAUCGUGGUAUGAGGCGUAUCUAUUAUAAUCGUAUGAAAUAAAACGAUUCUAUUACGCACGCUAAUGGACGGUAACUACGUACAAUUCUAAAGUUUAGUAAAUACUAAAUAAAAACGACGUGUUAAUAUGAUUUGACUGACAAUAUAAGAUUGUAGGUUCAAUGUUUCGGGCAAAGAGCAAUAUAUACACAUACAUUUAUAUUAUAUAAAUAAUUUUCAACAAAUCUCUUGAUUUUUUGAAUCAUAAUAAAACGAUGUCACUAAAAAUGUUAUUUAACUUAAACACAAUCUUAAGCUUAUAGACAAUCAGGCAAUAUAAUUUAUUAGGACACAGCUAAGAAAGAUCUACAAUAUGAAAUCAAUAUUUUAACUACAAAGUAUAAUAUAAUAUAUUUAUAUAUAUAUAUAUUUAUGUGUGUAAUAUAUGAGUAAUAAAACGGUGUUCAUUAGGAUAUCUUUUACGAUGGACUUAACCUGACUGCUCAUAUUGAGUACCUAUUAUUUGGUUUGUUUUGAUAUUUACUUGUACAUAAAAACCCUAUUGACUGUACAAUUUUAACCUGAAUUUUGAUAUCAUUCGGCUUUAAGUCAUAAUAAAUUCAUCGCAAUAUAGAUGUGUUCUUAAUAAUUAGCGGUUAUUAAUUAAUAAUUAUAAUAUUACCACACAUACUAUACGAUUUCAUUUGCAUUGGACAUCUAAUUCCAAACUAUCAAAAUCCAUUCAAUAACGAUUCAAAUAAUGUUUAACUAUUUUCUACAAUGUGAAAAUUACGAAAAUUAUUAAUAUUUUUUUCUGAGAUGUCAAGACUGUGUCUUCCACUCAAAAAAAAAAAAAAUGUUUUCCAUGUCAAAAAAAAACUUCAAAGUAGAAUAUUAAGCUAUGUGUCUUCCCCAAAUUGUGUUCCAUUGCCCUAUAACUUCCCGUGUGUUUUAACUUAUUAGAUAUAACGAUCUCUGAAAAAAAUUAGUUGUUGAUCAAUAUUUUAUUAUGAAUUGAUUAUUUUAAUACAAUUUCGAAUAAUUAUGGCGUUCUAUUUAAAUGCCAAAUUUUAAAAAUUCGUAAAUCUUUUUUGGCUUUAACGUUUUUUAACGAUCUUUAAAAGUGAUUUUGUAAAUACAUACAUUAUUAGACUGUGCCAAAUUUUUAACAUCGUUUGAUCAAUUUUAAAUAAUUUGUAUACCGUGUUAUUUUUAUGUAAAUUUAUCAAAAUACAAUUUGUUGUUAAGUGUGAAAAAUUUCAAUUUCUUCAUCGUUAUCGUAUUACUAUAAUAAGAUCGUUCAUAUUAAUAGACACUACGCAUAACAAUAGAUAAAGAAAAAAAAUCGUUUGCUUUGAACUGAUGUCCAAUUAACCGUGUACAUAAAACUGUUGAACGAAUUACAUACUGAGCCAUAUUUAUUUCUUGAAGUAUAAACUUUGAUUUAAAUGCGUUCAUUUUUUUUUAAAAUAAAUAUGCAUAAUAUAAUGCAAUCGACAAUUAUUCAUCAUUUUUUUUUAAGAUCAAUAAUAAUAUUUUUUUUUGUAAUCAAUUGUUUCGUGAGAUAAUUAAAUAAUUAUUUAUUUAUUAUAAUACACGUCAUUAGGGGCUUUUAUUUAUACGUUUGUUUGAUUUUAUAAUAUUAAAACUGAAUUGAUAAUUUUUUUUUAUUAAAUCUAAAAUAUGUUAUACAAAGUAAUAAUAUUUAUAAAAAUUAAAAUUAAAAUUUAGAUCAGUAUACAAAUGGAUUUAUAUAUUAUUUUUGUUUUUGUGAAGAAUCUUGAAUCCGAUAUAAAUAAAUUGAUGCAAUUUGAAAUAAUGCAAGUGUUUGCUUAUAAUAACCCUUAUGCGUGAAUUUAAAAUUAUUCCCCUUUUUGUACAGUUUAUAGAUAAAUGGAAUACUUAACACAUUUAAAAAAUAUAAUCUUUUUUAGUCAAGCCAUUGCAUAAAUAAUUUUCAAACAUUUUAGGUUACUCAUAAGUCAACUUUUUCAUAAUUUACUAUAGUUUUCUCUAAUUAUCUAACAAAUUGUAAAUUAAUUAAAUAUAGGUUAACUGAUUCUGAUCAAUAUUUUACAUCUUAACUCCUGAUAAAAUGAUUUUUAAUUAUUUUAUGAUCGCUAAAAGAAUUAACCAACGUCAUUAAACAAAUUAUAUAUGAUUUAGCCAUGUAUAAACAAAACAAUUUAAUAAUUACCUAUUUAAUAUUGUUAUGGUUAUUGAUUCUCUUUAAAAACGUGUAAUUUAAUUUAUUAUCCAUGUUUUAAAAGAGUAUUCUACAUUAUUAUUGUUUACAGAUAAAAAUAAUAAUCUCUUAAAUUGAAGAGAGAAAUUCAUCUAACAUUUUUUGAUGUUGUUUUGUUUAAUGUAUGAUCAAUAAUAACUAUACUAUAUAUUAUUUAAUUUACUAAUAAAAACUGUAUGAUGGUUAUUCUCUUUAAGAGCGAUAAUGAGUUUUUACAGCUACCAAUUGAAACGGAUAAUAGAUUCACUUUGUCUUAUUUGACGCCUCCCUUAAUAUUAUUAUACGUCAAAUAUCAACGCAUUAGUAAAAAAUACACUCGUUAAAUUGUUGAAAGCAUAGUUUUAUUUUUUUAUAUUCAUUAAAAGCGCAUUUUAACUUAAGCUAGUUUAUAUUAUACAGAUUUUUAAAUAUAUUGUACAAAAUUAUAUAGUAAUGGUUUUUUUUCUUUAAUUACAUUAAAUGCUGUAUAAUAUGUUGUUAAAUAUUAUUAUUUUAGAUUGCAUUUUUAGUAUUUAAGAGUUAUAAAUAUAUAUAUAUUUUUUUUUUAUCAUUUAGGUACUUAAAUUAUAAUUUUUAGACAAAAGCUUGUCAACAGGUAACAAUAAUUUUUGUUUUAAAUCAAUGAUUUGAAAUCUGAUUCAGAUACGUUUUGGACAUAAUGGUUACAUUUACUCAUGACGAAAAUAAUAGUUCGACAUAGUCACGUAGUGUGCUUAAGCAUAUUUCGGUAAGAGACAAUCUUUUGAUGUAUUUUUUUUUAUUUAAUUAACCCUUAGUCGUUAGUUGGAUUCCAACCAACGAUUUAAUUGUUUUUUAAGUUGAAAUUUGAACUUGUUUUUAUAGCUAAAAAUAUAAUUAUUUUUUUACCGUGUUGAAUGUCGAACGACGCUGAAAGCCCUUUAUUAUACAAAAUACGAACGAUUACAUCAAUCUGUACAUCUAAAAUUAGUGUGUAAUUUGUUGAAUUUUAAUUAAGAUUAUUUAAAUAUUUAUAACACACACACAUACACAUAUAAACACACACACACAUCCAUAUAAUAUGUUUUAUAUUAUAUAAAUACAUAAAUACACGUAUUUAUUACAUUAUAUAAAUAAUAUUGAGUGUGUAUUGUAUUUUAAAUUGAACAUAAAUUGUAUUAAUUUGUGGUACCGUUGUAAAGCGUCGGUGAUUUUGUUUUUAUUUAUUAAUUAUUAUAAAUAGAACGCGUUUUUGUCCGAAUAAUGUUUUUGACUUUGUAUUUCGUCAUUUUUUUCGAAUUGUUUUUUUAUAUGCAUGUAAAAAAAUAUAUUUGUAAAUGUUUUAUUGUACAUCUUCGUUACAAAACACUUGAAUAAUAAAUACAAUUAAAAAAUAA